ACUUUCAAUUCAAGAUCAGGAACUCGGGACAUGUCUAAAUUUUCUAGUUUUAUAGAAGGCUUUUAUCCACAAGAAUCGAGAUCAUCCCUUUCUGAGCAGGAAUCCUUUGUGGAUUGAAGACUUUAGAUUCUUCUCUGAGGUGGAAUUAUAUGAUGGGGUGGAUUCGUGGUCGGAGGCCUCGUCACAGAUUGGCGAUGAGUGAAUUUCAUAAUUAUAACUUGGAGCUAGCGAAAAGUGAUUUUUCAACACGAUGGCACAAGCAAAGAUGUCCAGUAAUCAAAAGCAAAUGUAGAGAAAACUCAUCUCCAUUUUUUUUCUGCUGUUUCAUUGCUGUAGCUAUGGGAAUCCGUUUCAUUGUUAUGGUAACAAUAUGGACUGCCGUAUUCCUAAAUUCAUUAUUCAACCAAGAAGUUCAAGUUCCCUUGACCGAAAGUUACUGUGGCCCAUGUCCUAAAAACUGGAUAUGUUAUAGAAAUAACUGCUACCAAUUUUUUAAUGAGAAUAAAAACUGGUAUGAGAGCCAGGCUUCUUGUAUAUCUCAAAAUGCCAGCCUUCUGAAAGUAUACAGCAAAGCGGAACAGGAUUUCCUUAAACUGGUGAAGUCAUAUCACUGGAUGGGACUAGUAUAUAUUCCAACAAAUGGAUCUUGGCAGUGGGAAGAUGGCACCAUUCUCUCACCCAACCUACUAACAAUAAUUGAAAUGCAGAAGGGAGACUGCGCAGUCUACGCCUCAAGCUUUAAAGGCUACACAGAAAACUGUUCAAGUCCAAAUACAUACAUCUGUAUGCAGAAGACUGCGUAGGGAUGAUCAGUCAUCUCAGUAAAAGCCAGGAACAAUGAAGGGAUUAUACCAGUGGAAACACUGCCAACUGAGACUAAAGGAAACAAAGAAAACAGGACAAAAUGACAAAAGACUGCCAGACUUCUUAGACUCCACAGGACCAGACCAUAGACCAAUUCCAAUGCAAACGUGCACGAUUCUCCAAGACAAAAGAGUAAAGAUCCUGAAGGCAAAGCCUCAAGGCUGCCUCUCCCACCAUAAACCCAGAGUGGAUGGGCUGGGGGAGGGGUGCUAUUUUAAUUUCUAAAGGUAGGACCAACACCCAGGGGAUUCGUGAAGGAAGAGAAAUCCAGCAGAUCCCUGAGAGAGCAGCUCCACCUCCACACAAAAUUGCCUUAUGGGUAGGGCCACAGCACCGAGACACAGCAUGUGCAAUGCCUUGCUUGCCUGUGGGGGUCAUGCUGCCACUUUUAAUGGGUCCCUUCCUAACCCUGGGUCAGGAAGGUGAGACUGCUGCCCCAGUGGUCCAUGAUUAUGUUAAGGUUUUAUUCUCCAGUCUUAAGAUCUUAUGAAGUUUCCUUUGCUAGGAUUUGGACUUGCUUCAGUUCUGUUACUGUUUCUCUUUCUCUAUUUCUUCUUUUUGGAAUAGUCAUGUCUAUCCUAUGCUUAUCCUACUAUUGUAUUUUGGAAGCACAGAACUGGUUUGGUUUCACAGGUUCACAGUUAGGGAGGAAUUUUGCUUCUGAAUAAAUAGAAUCUUGAGUCUCAUGC